AUGGCAACUCCAGGCGACGAGCCAGGCGUCGCGUUUGCCACGUCGGAUGACAGCGCGCCGGACAAGAAGGCCGCGAAGCGCAAGUCGCAAUACCGUCCCGAGCACGGCCUGCAGUUCGGCGUGCGGCCCAUGUCGGACCCGCCGGUGCUCAAGGUGCAGUGUCUCUUCUGCGUCCACUUUGGCCGCGAGAUCCUCGAGCCCGAGAAGCGCCUGCGCGAGGCGACCAAGAACGUAAAGUACUGGCGGCCGCCGUACCGCGCCGAGCUCUACCACAAGCACCACCAGCGCCAGCACUUGACGCUGUACACGGCGUACGAGCGCCUCUCGCACCGUGAGAAGGUCGCCUUCUUUUUGCCCGAGAAUGUCGCGCGCCUGCGCCAGACGACGACCGGCGCCAAGAUGACCGCGCUCAAGCACGUCACUGUCAAUCUCUCCGAGCCGCCGUACAUGUGGAAGCAGCUCUUUGACGUCCCCGUGCCCCGGCAUUUGCACGCGCUCGCCGACUCGUACUCGCAGCAGGUGCUGGCCGGGCCGCCGCUCGAGCCGCGCUGCCAAGCAUUGUGCUCGCUCGCCAUGCUCAUGGGCCAGCCGCACAUGAACGCGAGCAUGUUUGAGAUGCAGAUCUCGGCCGCGCUCUCCAACAACGUGCCUCGCCUCGAUAUCGUGCACGUGAUCCUCACGGCCGCGCCCGUCAUCGGGGUCCCUGCCAUGCUCUCGGCCCUCGAGCUUGCCCACCGAGUGUUCACAGCUGCGUCCGAAAGCGACGAAGAGGAAGCCGGCGAUGGCAGCGACUCGCCGCAAGACGUCACUGUGUAA